AAAACCCUAAUAAAACAGUCAAGAAAUGUGUUCUUCUAUAACCCCAUUUUCACUUACUUUUCCACAAAAAUUCCCUUUCAUUAACCAUCAAGAUUUCAUUUUUCCCUCACACCCUUUUCUCCUAAAGACUAGAAAUCCUAAAUUUUCACUCUCAAAUUCAGUUUCAGAAAAUACUGAAAAAGUUUCUUGGAAUAUUUCUGAUCCAAAUGCUUUUGAUGAGUACAAUGGUUGGGACUUUGUGGAACCUCCAGUUAUCAAGAAAAAGAAAAAGAAAGGUUUGUCGAAAUUCUUGGUUAUUGGUAUGGCAGUGUCUCUUGCUGCUGGACUUGGUGUUGCUUCCUACUUUUCACUAUACCAGAAAGGAUUCAAAUUUCAAUUUACUGGGCCAUUCCAUGGGUCGCAUGAUAAUUUAGAACCUAAUGAGGCUGCUAGUAAGGGAGAAGAUGCUGAAACUGCUGCUUUGUCAAUGGAAAGUGCUCAGAUUUCUGAAACAGUGGGGGGAGUUUCUGAUUUGGAUGAUACAAAUGCUGUCUUGGAGACAAGCCAUGUUACAACUAAAGGAGUAACCAGAGUAGUACUUGGACGUAUUACAAUUCCAUUUGCUGUAGAUUCUACUCAAGAAGAAGCUCUUUUUGUGUUGAAGAAACUCAAGAUCAUUGAAGAUGCUGUUAAAGCAGAUGAAUUAUGUACAAGGAGGGAAUAUGCAAGAUGGUUAGUAAAUGCAAAUAUACAACUGGAAAGGAGUAGAAAGCAUCGGAUAGUUCCAUCAGUUGUGCUUUCUGGUUCUACAAUUGCUGCCUUCGAUGAUGUGAGUGUUGAAGACCCUGAUUUUGCCACCAUUCAAUCCCUAGCUGAGGCUGGUAUUAUUCCUAGCAAGCUGUCAAAUAAGGAGUUUGCUUCCACUCCAAAUGUUUCAGAAGAUCAGGGCGUCUGUUUUUUCCCCAAUAGUUUUUUAUCUCGUCAAGAUCUAAUUAGUUGGAAAGCCAAAAUAGAGUAUGAAGUCAUGCCAGGGAUAGACAAAGAGAUAUCAAGGAAGAACAUAGGUUUUCUGGAUGUAAGGGACAUCAGUUCUGAAGCUUUGGUGGAACUUUUUGUGGAUUUACGGGCUGGUGAACAGAGCAUUCUUCGGAGAGUUUUUGGACAGGCAAAACGAUUUCAGCCUGAUAAACCAUCCACGAAAGCUCAGGCAGCUGUGUCACUGACAAGUGGGAGAAUGCAAGAAUAUAUACAAAGUGAACUGUCAAAACUUGAAGCAGAGAAUUUAUCAAGACUAAUGGCAAUGGAAGAAAUCAAGUCUGAGCUUCUUGAUAGAGGAGAAAUACAGAGGAUUUGGGAGAGUAAAAUGGAAGUAGAAAGAAGUCGUGGUUUAGAGGUAGAGAAUGCUUAUCUGGAUUCUGUUAGUGAUUUAGAACAGGAAAAGAUUCUACAAGAGAAUGCUCUAGCUGAACUUCUGAGGCAAAAGGCAGCUCUAGAUUGUCAGAAGCAGCUACUUUCUAGUCUGAAGGAAGAGGUUGAUGAGAUGUCCGAAAGGCUUGCAUGUGAGAAGUUUAAGCAUGUGGAUGAGCAGUGUAGUUUAAGUGCUACAAUUCAUGAUUUGGAGGUUAAGCAUGAAGCUUUGCUUGACACAAAAUCUAUGCUGGAAGCUGAGGUUGAAGCUUUGCGAAAACUAAGAUCAUGGGUCGAGGAUGAAGCGAGGAAAAGUCAGGCUCGUGUUAAAGUUCUCGAGGAGGUUGAACGAAGAUGGAAAUGGGAGGAGCAAUAGGAAGGAGGGGUCCUAUAAGUUAAAUAAUCCAGCUGUUUUGAUAUGCACACUUUGUCAAUGUCAUGAUCAUUUUUCCUCAUAAAUAUUUCCUUGGUAGUACCUUGUAAUCUAUUAAGAGGAGUUGAUCUCUUCUCUCUCUCAAUUUAUUUUAUGGAUGAGAGUUGAUCUUUGUCACUAGUAAAAGAAAUUUCAAGAAAUUGAAGAGUAACUUUUUGUUGUAUUUUGAAGAAUGAACUGUUUUUAUAAGAAAGUGAAUCUCUUCAGUUGGA